AUGCGUCGUGGUGACAUCGCGGCAACCGCGAUAGCCCUUCUGAUUCUUGGGCAGAUCCAGGGACCACGGCAAACGAGGGUGGUCGGAGCGGUGGUGGUCGGGGCGGCCGUCUGCGGGCGUAUUCCCGGUCUGGCGAAGAGUCAACGGGAGCAGUGCAGAAAAGCGCCGCACGCGAUGCCUGCGGUGGGCGAGGGCGCGGAGCUCGGACUUCGCGAGUGCCGACAUCAGUUCAGACAUCACCGGUGGAACUGUUCCCACGUGGCCAACGAUCAGGUCUUCGGCCACGUGGUCGUAGUAGGAAGCAGGGAAGCAGCUUUCACGUACGCAAUAAGUUCAGCGGGUGUAACGUACGCCGUGACCGCAGCUUGCAGCAGGGGCAACAUCACCGCCUGCGGUUGCGAACCUACCGUAAGAACGCGAAAGGAAUUACCACCGAAUGGCUGGGAAUGGGGUGGUUGCAGCGCCGACGUUACCUACGGAAUGAGGUUCGCGCGUAGGUUUCUGGACGCGAGGGAGGUCGAGGGCGACGCAAGGAGUCUGAUGAACCUUCAUAAUAAUAAAGCUGGAAGAAAGAUAGUUAAAGCCCUGUUGCAAACGGAAUGCAAAUGCCAUGGCGUGUCCGGCUCGUGCACCGUGAGAACCUGCUGGCGAACUUUACCCAGUUUUCGUCAGAUCGGCGACGCUCUGAUGAAAAAAUAUUACAGAGCCAGACCUGUCGUGGCCAUCACGCCGCCGCCACCGCCUACGAUUUUGGACACGUUGCACUCGACGUCGGCGGAAAUGGUGCCGAUUUUGGGCAACGACGCGAAGACCCAAGGGAAACCGAACGACGUUGGAAAGUCUCGACACGAUCGACAACCCCCAAAGAAAGCCACCAAACCGAGACGGCCUCACUUGGUGUUGAAGAGAACGAAAUCCAGUGGCGGAUUGGGCAUAGGUCAGAAAAGAAUUCCAAAGAGAAGCGAGCUGGUCUUUCUGCAACCUUCCCCAAAUUACUGCGAGCCGGACUUGGCUCAGGGCAGCCUGGGAACGCAGGGCAGAUAUUGCAAUCGUACUAGCAGAGGUAAGAAAAACUAAGAUUAUUUUUCAGGAACUGACGGAUGCGAUUUAAUGUGCUGCGGUCGUGGCUACAACACGCAUCAAUUUACAAGAACGUGGCAGUGCAGAUGCAAAUUUCAUUGGUGCUGCCGUGUGCAUUGUGAAACCUGCACCGAGCGUACAGAAGAGUACACGUGCAAAUAA